UUGAAUGAAUUUUUGAUAUAAAUCAAUUUUAAAUUAUUAUUUUGAUUUGAAUAUGUAUAUCAAGUAACAUAAACCCAUUACUUUUUAAUAUAAUGUAAUUGACUUCUAAUUUUUUUAAUAGCAUAAGUCCAUUAAUAUUCUUUUCUUAGUUACUAAUAUCCAUGUUUCCAAACAACACUAUUUUUUUAACUGCUAUCUAUGUUGCCAAACAAAAGAUUAAAGUACUUAUACUUUAAUAAGAUAGAUCUAUGUUGCCAAAACAAAAGCUUAAAGUACUUAUACUUUCUACUUUAAUAAUAUAGAUUGCUUUUUUUUCCUAACUUAGUGUUAUCUAUGUUUCCAAACAACACUUAUUUUUUUAACUGAUAUCUAUGUUGGCAAACAAAAGCUUAAAGUACUUCUACUUUAAUAAGAUAGACGUUAUUAUCAAUUAAUUUGGCAUCACUUCAAUAAAAAAUGAUAUAAUUUUCUUAAUUUAGAUCACUUUACAAAAAUGAUGCUAUUUUAUAAAUUUAUAUCAAUUUAAAAACUCAUGUAUUUUUUUUUUGUUAGCAUCACUUAUUAAAGUGAUACAUAAUUUGCAUCAAUAAAAAAUGAUGCUAACAAAAAAUUAUAAAUUAUGUAUUUAUAUGUAUUUUAAACAUCAUUUUAAAAAUGAUGCUAUUUUGUUUUAACUUGCAUCAGUUAAAAGCUAAUUUAGACCAAUAAAAAAAAAUUCAUCCCAAAUAGAAACUAAUUUUACAAAUAGCAAACGUGCUGUGUUUUAAUUUAAAGGCAUGAGAGAUUCAAGAACAUCAUCUUCAGAGAUGACCGCUUGGUGUUCUGCUGUUGUGUUGUUGUCUUUAAUACUUUUGUUAUCAGUUCGUGAGAACAACGCUUCCGGUUCACCUAGAGGGUCUCAAUUCUCAGAGAAAACUUGCGAAGAUAUUUAUGUCGUGGGAGAAGGAGAAACGCUUCACACCAUCGACGAUAAAUGCGGCGACCCUUUUAUAGCUGAGAGAAACCCGCAUAUCCAUGACCCGGAUGACGUCUUCCCGGGUCUUGUUAUCAGGAUCGCACCCUUUUACUUCCCCAGGAAAGUGUAACAUAUAUAAAAAAGUUAGUUGUCUCU